AGAAGAUAAUCCGUGAUAUUAUUGAAGUCCGGAAGACAGGCUAAACAGAAGAAACACUGCCAAGACAGUUGUAAUCAUUAGAUAUACACCAGCUGCAGGAGAAUUCGUUGCCGGCUCUCAGUCUCUCUUCUCUCCAAAAUUUGCUCAACAAACGACGUCAUUCCCAAUUCCCGUGUCUCGCCCAUCCAGUCCAGCCUACAGCCUACAGGCUCCUUCCCCGCCCUUUCUCAUGUGCGCCCGCUUCAUACAAAGUCAAAUAAUGGACCAAUCAAUGGCCCACUAGCCGCUCUGCUGCUGCUCUGCUUUGAAAGUUUCGCCGAGUAGAAUAUUAAAUAUUGCGGGCAGAAUAUUAAUGUUGCUGGCCUGGCUAGAGAUAUGAUCUAUUUUAUGAAUUCCCUGGUCAUUUGUUCUUUUGUUUUAUCCAUCCUCCCGGUUAAUUAUGGCCUGUGUAAUUGGUGGCUGAUAACCCAUUAGUGUUAUGGUGCUAUGUUUUAUAUUUUUUAUAUAUUUUUUGGGGCAUGUUCACAUGUAAUUAUUCCAAAUUUCUUUUUAUUUCUCCUUAAAAUUCCCCUCUGCAUGUUUUGUAGCGUGCUGACCUUGUUACACCUAAAUCUAUCUAAUGAUAACCGUAGUGAUGAACAAUGCGGAAAACGUAGCAUGGUAUGAUAUAAGGAUAUACAUGUAGAAAGUUUUUGAAAAGGAAAAAAUAUGCUGGUAAACCCUGGGACACGAGCGUAUGUAUAUAUUUCAUGGGGGGAAUAAGAAAAGAAAAGUUCCUUGCCCCGUCCCCUAUCUGGGAAGUGGACGAGGUGGAAGGCCAGGCGGCGGACAUCAGCGAAGGGAAUGCUGGUGUUAGUAAUUCUGUCCACUGCAGAACACACGUCACUUGCAUAGGGCGGAUAUGGGCGAGAUUCGCAGAUGCCUCAGCUCUGCUGGUGCACUCCUUACAUCCCCCUGGAAGUAUGGAAUGCGGCUAUUUUGACAAUAUAAUCUUGAAUGAUCUUGCUUCAUAUGUCCCCAGCAAGUUUCAGUAUCAUCAGCAAGAGCACGAGCGCCAGCACCAGCGUCAUCGCACACCAGCAAUAAAUGGCCCUGAGCUAGCAGAAUCGUUAAAAUGGAACAUGCUUUUGAUCUAA